GGAGCUUGUGAGGCUACAAAGUAAAAGUGUGGAAAAAAGUGCUGAAAAUUGGUAGAGAAAUCCACUUUUCUCACUGAAUUACCCCACAAAACGGCACCUGUGUUAAUUGCUAAUCAAUUGGUGAUAGUGAAAAGUGUGUCAAUAUGUGAUUUAGGAUAAGAAGAGCCGAGUAAAAUUGCGACGGUGUCUGGGGAGGCCUUUUUCCACUCAAACGCCAUUCUGGAUCCCUCAAAGAGGUCAUUUUUGGAUAUCUACAAGAUGGAUUUGGCUGAGACAAUGAAGGCGGCCCUGUCCAAUAGCAAGCCGGGCGGCGGCACUUCCGGAAACAUGGUGGGCAAUCCGUCUGGGAUGAAUCCCAACCACAGCGGCGGCCAGGGGCAGGAUCAGUCCGUGGGAGCGGGCGCGGGAUACGUCACGGAGAAGCUGUACAUGCUGCUGCAGCUGUACUUGCAGAACAAGGGUUGGAAUCCCAGCGUGGAGCUGCUUCAGUGCUUCUCUGAGCUCAAAGACAGCGCUCUCUUGCCAAACGCUGCCUAUCUGCAGGUCCUGGCGAAUCGACUGGCUCUGGACUCCCAGGGACGCUUGGUGCUACGCGAGUCCGGCAAAAUCGUGCUUCCUUUCGAGCAUUUUGCAAAUGCGGUGAUGCUUAAACACAUGUCGGGACCCCAUGGCCUCCAUCUCAGCCUCGAGGCCACCGUGCGGGCUGUGAUGGAUUCGUACACGAUCGGCCGCGAGAACUUCGGCAUGGAGAAGGAGUUCAUCGUGGAAGUGGUGCAAUCGUGCCCCAAUCCGGCGUGUCGCUUCUACAAGAACCACCUGGGGUCGCCGUUCAUCGACCAGCAGUUCUCCGGACCCGGCAUGAAUCCGGACUUUCUCACGCACAUGUCCCAAAUGGCCAGCACAGGCGCGGCCAGCGGGACGACGGACAUGCCCGGCAUGGACAAGGGUGUCGUUGGGGCCAAUAGUGGAGCACAGAGCGCAGUGGCGCAGGCUGCGGCCGCGGCUGCGAAGCACGCCAAGCAGAGUCAAUCACAGAUCACAGCAGCCAUCAUUCAGCAGCAAAAUCGUGCCAUAGCGCAUCAGUCGCUGGAGAAGUUCGGCAACAUGACGCCACUGGAGAAGCAGCGCGUCCUGCAGCAGCUGGACAAGAAGCACUACGAGACAACCCAGCAACAGCUGACGGCGAAUAUCUGCCCGCCGCCAUCCAAUGUGCCUGCAGUGAGCGGCAGCAGUUCCAUCAAUGUCCCGAACUCCUCGAAGAGGCGAAGUAAUGUGAGUGCUGAUAAUAAAUUCCUAGGUAUGAUGUCGAGCAACGCCGUUGGCGCAAGUGGUGGGAAUUUGAUGGGUCAGCAAGUGCUCAAUAUGUCCACAGGCGGUCAGAAUCACCUGCCGCCACCGCUGCCGCCGCAAUCGCAGAAUCAGCAAUCGUCUGGCGGAAUGGAUCACAGUCAGCAGGUGCACAAGGACUUUCUGCGCACGAAUCUGGACUGCCUGGAGACGCUGACGUCCAACAAGGACCUGCUGGCGCUCCACAACGGCGCCUGGGCCAAUCAGGAGGGCCGCGAUGGCCUGGCGAUGGGCCAGGAGAAGAUCGUGCGCGCCUUCGCGGAGCUCAUGAGGAACAUGGCGAGGAUGAAGACCUUCAUUCGGCCGUCCAUGUGCAAGCCGUACGGGAAGCAGAGCGAGAGUCUGCAGAAGACCCUCAUUGACACCAUUCAGUUGGUGGUGUCCUUGCGCAAUUGCUUGCCAGCUCCGCACAUCCCGGUGAGCUCGUGGAAGAGCGAAGAUCGCCAUCGACGUGAGCCAGAUCUUGGCAACUACGAAAGCUAAACGAGUUCCUCUUUCUCGAACAAUUUGACGAAUCUAAGAAGCUUGAAGUUCUAUAGUAUAACUAAGAAAGAAAUACUUCACACGAGACGUUUUUACAUAAAAAUUAGAAAAACCUUGUUUAUCUUUCAAAUUAAUAUUUGCUAGCAGGAAGUUUCUUUUAAGUGUAAAACUGAGAUAAGAGAGAGAGAGAGAGAGAGAGAGUGAAGAGUGUGAAAAGGAAAAACGAAGGAAUAUUAGUUUAAGAGUUUCUCAACUACACUAUUAAUAGAAGAAGUAUAAAAACAUGUUUCAUUUCUUGUAAAAGGAAAAUGAAGAUUGAAGGAAAAUCUCAAUAAUUUUUCAAACAAAUGAAAGCAAGUAGAAAUAUUAACGUGAGAUUUUAUUCAUUGGAAUAUGAUGGUGAAAAAGCAUAUCUUUUUAUUUACAAUGCCAUGUUUAUCGAAUCUGUUUUUAUUUUAUUUUAUCUACUCUCUAUAAUCUUUCUGUGAGGCUAUAAAAAGGAUAUUUAUAUUUUUAUUUUAUUGAUUGAAAUUUAUUCUGUCAUCACAUUAUGUCUAGUCAAGAGAUUUUUUUUUGUAUUUACUCGGUUAUGAUGGCUAAAAGCAAAAGAAAAACAAUGAAUUUAUUUUUAUUUAUCUUGAAUCUUUUCAAGGCAAUUAUUUGAAGACAAAAGUAAAUCAAAUGAAAAUGAAUGAGAUUGACAAAUUGUUAAUGAUGUGUUUUAAAGACAUGAAGACGAUGGAAAAUGUAGGUUAAAAAAUAUUGUGGAAAAAAAAGAAAUUGGCAUUUUAUCUGUGAUAACAAAAAAAGAAGAAGAAAAGAAAUGGAAAAGAACACUAAUGAUUUAAAAUUCGGAAUUAAGAAAAAUAAGAAUGAAUCUCCAAAAAUUUUUAUUUUGACAUAAUAUUUCUUUAUUCUUUUUUUUAUUCAAUUGUGGCGUUUUGAUUCUAAUAAGGAGAAAAUUUGUUAGGAAAAUGAAGAAUUUUGAUAUUGUAACUAGAAUUUAACACUAUGCAGCAAUAUUUAUGCGUGUUUUAUGAAUUUUUCUAAUCUCUCAAAUGUUCCGUUGGCUCUCUACAAUGCUUUAUAUCUUUUUUUUUUAUGUUACAUUGCGUGCUGAAGAUGCAGCAGACGAUUCGCGUUUAUAAAAAUAAUCCAAUAUUCAGAAAUAAUUGUAAUAAUAGGUAAAAGAGAAAGAUAAAACGAAUAUAAAACAGUGUUGCAAUACUCUAAGAAGGAAGAAAAAAACCUACAUUAUAAUAUUCUCUCUAUAAUUUGACCUAAAGCUAACAUUAAUGGUAAAGUAGAAUAAAAAAGGUAACAUAAUGCAACAAAUAUUAACUUCUAAUGUAAAGUUCGAAGACUGCAAUAUUUCGCAAAAAUGAACAGAAAAAUGACACAAAUUUUUUAAAAUCCCGCCUGAGUUUUUUUUCUUUUGUUUUUUAAGCAAGUUAAAUUUUUUCCCCUUUAUUUAAUAAUUUAUUAUUGACUUAUGAAAUGGAUUAUUUAAUUGAGUAAAUCGUACAAAAUGAUUGAUUUUAAGAAUGGCAAUCACAUCAAAUUAUUAUGCACAAAGUGCUCAAUUAGCAGUAUUAAAUGGAAUUCGAUUGACAAACUAAAAGAGGAUCAAAGCACAAAAAACGGUUGCCAUUGUUUUUCUUAUUGUUAUAAAACAUAAAUGAAUUUUUGAGAUGAAAAGAUGAAGGCAAAAAUCCUGUUGACGUUACGAAAUGCGGAGGAAAAAUGUGAAUUUGAAGAAAUCAUAUCUUUGCUAAUUAUAACUUCACUUAAAAUGGUAAAAAUAAAAUGCGAUGAUUAAUUUUGUGGCCAUAAUUUUGCGCGAAUUUAUAAAAACUUUUACAAUAACAUUACAUAAACUUCUUAUAGAUUAAAGAAAAAAAGAUGAUGAUAAAAUGGAAAGAUAUAAUGAAUUAUCGUAAAAAGGAUUAUAGCUAAUGGAAUCUAUGUGUAAUUUAAUAUUCAAGCAAAAAAGUAUAUUCAUUACUCUUACAAGAGGAGAUCACAUAAAAUGAACAUCAUUAAAAUUUCUGUGC